AUGCGGGAUGGAAACAUAAUUCCCUAUGAUACCGACAUGGACUUGUUUGUUCUUGGGUCGGAUGAGCAGAAAAUUCGUCAGUUGGCCACUGCCCGCAAAAAUAUCACUGUUGGACAGUUGAAUUUGGUUACGCGACCGGGUUCUUACUGUCCGGUUUUUGCUGUCAAUCCUGAACCAUCAGUAAAAGGUUUGCAUUUGGCUCAUUAUUUCGUGGCUGUAGUUUUUCUGGAAACGGAUCUGAUCACGAUAGCUAGCAAUAAUAUUUAG